UGACUCUCUCUCUCUGACUCUCUGUCCUUCUCUAACUCUUUCUGUCUCUGCCCUUCCCUACCUCUGUCUCCUUUUUCCUGUGACAGUCCUGGAAACGCUUCAAAAACUGAAGUGGCCGGAUUUCAGGUGACAAACAGCACUACACGCAGCACCCGCCCCCUCCCCAACCCGCUGCCUCCUUCCUCCACAUCCCCGUGGGGGAGAGAAGCCUAUUGUGUCUGCCCAGGGAGUUCAAGUUGAAGGGCCUGGGGGUCUGAGCUCUGACUGCUCUCAGCUACUUCCCCAUUGGCUCCGAGCAGCCUGUGCUCAGCAAGGGCUGGGCGGCAGGGGAGGCUCUAGCCCAUAAAAGGGGGCACGAGGCACAGAACUGCUAUUCUGAGGGGCUUGGUGGUGCUCACAGCUGCCUCUUUGGCACCUCCUCCUGAGCCGGAGUCAGGGAGGUCCCUGAAUCGGACCAGCCACCUGCCGCCUCCGACCUGCUUGGCCAGAAGCUGCCCAGGGACACAGCAGAGCGCAGGUCAUUUAUCUCCAGGCUUUGAGAUCUGCGUGGGGAGCUGUCGCAGCAGCCCGAGCCGGAAGAGCUGAGACGGGAUGGCCUGGUGGGCGCUGGUGCUGGCUGCUUGCCUCCUCGUGCUGCCCUGCGCCGCGGCGGACUGCCUGGCCCCGUGCUCCCUGUGUGCUGUGAAGACCCAGGACGGGCCCAAGCCCAUCAACCCCCUGAUUUGCUCCUUGGAAUGCCAGGCCACCCUGCUGCCCUCUGAGGAGUGGGAGAGAUGCCAGGGACUUCUGUCUUUGUUCACUCCCUCCACCCUUGGGCUCAAUGGCGAGGAAAACCUGGGGAGCAAGGCGGCUUUGGAAGGGCCCUAUGGUGAGCUGGCCAAGCUCUCUGGCCCCUUCCUGAAGGAGCUUGAGAAAGGCCAGUUCCUCCCCAGGACCCCGACAAAGGAGAAUGCUCUGAGCAAGAGCCUGGAGGAGAAGCUCAGGGGCCUCUCUGGCGGCUUUGGGGGGGGAGCGGGAUCUGAGCUGGUGGGGGAUGCCCCGCUGAGUGAUGGCGCCGUGGAGGCUGGCGCACUCAGUUUUGACGAGGAGGACCCCAAGGAGCAGGUCAAACGUUACGGGGGCUUUUUGCGCAAAUAUCCCAAGAGGAGCUCAGAGGUGGCUGGGGAGGGGGAUGGGGAUGGGGAUAGGGUGGGCCACGAGGACCUGUACAAACGCUACGGGGGCUUCUUACGGCGCAUCCGUCCCAAGCUCAAGUGGGACAACCAGAAGCGCUAUGGUGGCUUUCUCCGGCGCCAGUUCAAAGUGGCGACUCGGUCUCAGGAAGACCCCAAUGCUUACUCUGAAGAGCUUUUUGAUGCAUAAAUACCUCCCCAUCAUGGAGUUGAGUCAGGGGCUUCUCCUGAUCCCCUUCCACAUUGGAGCGCACUCAUCCACCCUCCUGUGUGUGCCCCGUCCCCACACUCAGUUCAGCAUUGCCUGCACAGUAUCCAAGCCCCGCCUACCUCUCUCUGCCUGGGAGUGCAGCAUUUGUCUGGGGUCAGCAACAGGAAGGGUGGAGGUCCUCUCCAAUAGGCUCAGUGCUCAGCUCAGACCCCUAGACUCUAAAACUACCACCAGCAGCUUGUGAUAACAUCCCUCCACCCGGAUCAUGUGACCUCCCCCCAUUCUUUGAGUUUAGAGUGACUUGUUUUUUAUGCCUGUAGAUUUAUGAUCUCCAAACUUAACUGAUCACAUGCCCUAUCAGAAGAAAAAUUAGCAUUUCUCCAUGCAUAUACAACAUAUGAAGAGUAGAAAUUUAAAACAAGAUAGAUAAACAUAAAUGGAAAUUCUAACAUUUUAUUCCCAACCCUCAAGGAUCUCCUGUGCACUCUACUUUGGAGACCUCCCUUUAGGUAAAAAGCUUAAAAACCACCUUUUAUUAGAACAAAAAUUCUUAUACCAGAGAGUUCAGUCUUCUAGGGGGUUAAAUGUUCAACUGGCGUACUUUGAGUUCUCAUCACGCACCUUAAAGAACCAAGUUUCUGAUCUCCUGGUCAUAUUGGUACCAUGGACAGCGCCCAACUCUUCACAGAGGAAGAAGGGAGUGAAAUUUCUUUCGGAAAUGGCUGAGAGCCUGUUCUCCUUCUGUAUGCUUAAAUGAUCAGGGAUGGAGUGAGGCAAACCAAUUUGUUCUGUGCAACAAACUCAAAAUGUGGACCAGUUCCCUCAGCCCUCAUUAAGCUAAUUAAAUGGAUUGGUAUCACACUUCUACCCCACGAUGAACUGAAGCAGUGUCAAGUGGAUGAAGUUAAGCGCAACCAUGUUCUUGAGCAGCUGAAUUGGCUGCCAAGAGUCCAAGCCAUCUGGCCUGACAUAUGCAUUGGGCAUUGGGUAAGGGAAUCCAAAAGCAACAGCUAGAAAGAGAAAAAGGCCCUGUUCGACCCCAUGAUGAUUCUUUCCUCUUAAUGUCUCAAAAUAAAACCAGAAAGAGGAAUGAAAUGAUUAAGUGCUUGAGGCCAAAUGAGUUCCCUUGAUUCAAAUAACCCAGAAGCAGAAGCAGAGACCUCCUGAUGCCUUAGUUUCUAUCAAAGUACUCUCUCUUUCCAUCUCUCUCUUGCUCAUUCAUCCCCAGACACCAUGUUUUAGUUUGUGGGUCUAGGAGAUGAGGCUGGAUAGACUAGAGUUUGGAUAAUUUGUAUCAGAUGCUACUGAGCGCACCUCUUCCUGUGCGGUCCCCAGGUCUCUCAUGAUGCUCUGAAAUGUAUAGAUUGUUAUAAAGUUAUUUUGUGUGCUUCUAAAAAAAAUCCCAUUUAUGCAAUUCACUUGGAAUUUGCUUAGUCCUUAAUAGGCCUGUGUAAUUUCCUGCUCCUCCAGUACAAUAAAUAAAAGAAAGAUGCUGA